ACUGACUCACAGCGUUUAGCUCACACACACACACACACACACACACACACACACCCCCUCCCGCAGAAGCCUCGCUGCAUUAGGAGCAGAAUGGAGAUGAGCCAUGUCAAGGUUCGGAAUUCACAUAUGGUUUCGUAUAACAGGUUCGAGUCCGGCGAAGACGACGAUGACGACCGGGAGGAGCACGACCGGGCCGAGAGCGACGCCAGCAACAUCAACUGGGGAGACACUUCAGGAAGCAGACACUACAGAAUUGCGGCAGUGUGUUUGACCCUUCUGUGUCUUCUCCUCGUUUCUGCCGUCUCGGUGCUGUGGUUCAAGUUGAACAACCUGGCUGCCAAAAACAAUGAUUUACAGACUCUGUACCUACACCUCGGUCUUCAGAAGGAACAGCUUCAGAACAGCAAUCAAAACCUGACCGUUGAAAGGAACCAGCUACAGAUGAUGAACACUGACCUGAACAGGGACAGGGAGAAGUUACAGAGCAGCUACAAAAUCCUGACUGCUGAGAACGAACAGUUGCAGAGCAGCUACAAGCAACUGACCGUCGAGAAGGAACAGUUACAGAGCAGCUACAAAAUCCUGACUGCUGAGAACGAACAGUCGCAGAGCAGCUACAAGCAACUGACCGUCGAGAAGGAACAGUUGCAGAGCAGCUUCAAAAACCUGACCGUCGAGAACGAACAGUUGCAGAGCAGCUACAAAAACCUGACCGUCGAGAACGAACAGUUGCAGAGUAGCUACAAAAACCUGACUGCUGAGAAAGAAGAGUUGCAGAACAGCUACAAAAAUGUGACCGUUGAGAAAGACUGGCUGCUGACCAGCUACAACAACGUAACUGUCGAGCGAGACUGGUUACAGAUCAGCCUCAACAACCUCACUGUGGUGAGGGACCAGGACGAGAAGAAAUGCCAAAAACUAGCCGAUGACAUGGAGAAACUGCAGACGAACUACAGCACCGUGGAAACCCAGAAAAACCAGUUACAGAAGGAGAGAGAUGACAUGAGGAACACGUUUGAGGAGUUGGCUAAACAGGCCAGACUGGGAUGGGUCUACUUCAACUCCAAAAUGUACUUCACCUCUACUGAGAAGAAAUCCUGGAAUGAAGCGAGACAGGAAUGCAAAAAGAAUGGAGCAGAUCUCGUGAUCAUCAAGACCAAAGAGAAACAGGACUUCCUUUUGAAGCAGGUGGGCAACGAUAAGGCUUGGAUUGGUUUAAAUGACAGAAACACAGAGGGGACAUGGAAAUGGGUGGAUGAUACGCUAGUGAACACUGGAUUCUGGUCUCCGGGUGAGCCCAACGAUUCUGGUAACGAGGACUGUGCUGAGAUAUGGGGCUUUGCGGGGAAGCAAGGCUGGAAUGAUGGGAAGUGUACCAGUAAAAGCAAAUGGAUCUGCGAGAAACCUUCUAUGUGAUUACACUCCAACAGCGCCCUCUACUGUCCGGGUUAAAUAAAAAAACUGCCCCGAGUACUACAUCCACUUCGAAAAUAAUACUGUAGCCACCAGGGUACUGCAACGUCGUAUCUCAACUGAAAUUUGGUUUGGAAUAAAAUGGAUAAUUUUUCUCAUUAAACUUUUGCUAGCUACAUUAGUGUACUCAAGUAGCAUUCACUCAUUUUUCAAUCUUUCAUUGGUCAUUUUGUAUAAAACUGGAGUGUUUUAAUGUCACAGAAUGCUAGAUAAGGUUUUUAAUUGAUUAGCGAUGAACUCCGAGAACCAUCUUCAGAGCCGUAAAAAGUAACAGGAUAUUACAGUUUUUUUAAUACCGAUUAAAUUUUUUCAUUUCUAUUUUUUUAUAAUUCUUCAUUUUUUUCUUUUAAAGAUGAUGUGAGAAGAUGUUUUUUAACAUCAUUAAAAAUUGUUUAACAUGACGACUUUGCACAAGUGUGUUAUGCGGUUGAGAAUUCACAUUUGGAAAAGCUUUUUUUUUUGUGGUCACGUGAUAUUUGAUAAAAACACUCCCAAAACCCCCUUUAGGGGUGUGAUGUUGAUUAAGAAAAUAUAUAUAUACCCCCGAUAUCUUUAUUUUAUCAAUAAACGAUAAUUAUACAAUA